CAGAGAAGGUGUCUGGAGAAGAAGGAGGCGAAGGACGAGGUCAAGAAAGAGGUAGAGGAAGAGGUAGAGGACGUGGAAGAGGCCGUGGAGGUUAUACUCCGCACCAGAAGAGGGAAGCAGUAGUGGCUGCAAUAGCAGAAGAAGAAUGGGAGGAUGCGGAGGAAGAGGAAUGAACCGACCAGGCUCUCGUUUUGCUGGACCCCGGAGAGCCGAUGGUCACUAUAGAAGUAGGGGACCAGCAAGUUGACUUUUAGUGGACACUGGGACAGAACGAUCAGUGGUGAACAAACUUAUUGGUCCUACCAGCGCAGAAGUCACCAAAGUGGUGGGGCUGUCAGAAAAAAUUCAGAAAUGCCCUUUUCUACAGGAACGGACAUGUAAUCUAGCAGGCCAUAAUGUGAGUCAUAAGUUACUAUAUCACCCUGAUUGCCCAGUGUCAUUAUUAGGAAGAGACAUUUUGUCAAAAUUAAGAACACAAAUCCAAUUUUUGGACAAUGGCCAAAUGCUAGUGACAAUACCCAUGGAAGAGGAAUGGAGGCUCGGGCUCCCAGACUUGGAAAAACCGUUCGACUUGUUCGUGUCCGAGAAGGAAGGAGUGGCUGUAGGGGUACUUACCCAGACAUUAGGAUCAUGGCAGAGACCAGUGGCUUAUCUGUCAAAACAGUUAGACACGGUAGCACAGGGAAUGCCGCCCUGUCUUCGUGCAGUGGCAGCAGCGGUAGAUUUGAUAAAAGAAGCAAGUAAAUUGACCUUAGGACAGCCACUGGCCGUUAAAGUACCACACCAUGUAAAGGCGCUGUUAGACACCAAGGGACCACGCUGGCUCACAAAUGAGAGACUGACAAAAUAUGAGGGGGUGUUGUGUGAUAACCCAAUGGUGACCCUAGAAACUUGUGCCACCUUAAAUCCGGCCACCUUGUUGCCUGCCCCAGGAGAGGAAACAGUCCACCAGUGCAUUCAGGUGAUGGAACAGGUAUAUUCCAGCCGACCUGACUUAAAGGACGUACCAAUGUCCAAGGCAGACAUGACCCUGUUCACGGAUGGCAGUAGCUUCAUGGAGAACGGUGAGAGGCGUGCAGGAUAUGCGGUGGUACAGGGGGGGGGAGAGAUUCUGGAAGCAGAGUCGCUCCCUCCGGGAACCUCCGCUCAACGGGCUGAAUUGAUAGCCCUCACCAGAGCACUGCAGUUGGCAAAGGGAAAACGGGUCAAUGUCUACACGGACUCAAAGUACGCCUUUACUACGCUCCAUGCCCAUGGAGCUUUGUAUAAGGAGCGGGGACUCCUUACGUCGGCUGGAAAGGGCGUUAAAAAUGCGGCUGAGAUUGUGGCCCUCCUGGAGGCGGUCUGGGACCCGGAUAAAGUGGCUGUAAUGCAUUGCAAAGGGCACCAAAGGGGAGAGGACCCAGUGACACAAGGUAAUAGGCUAGCUGAUUUGGCCGCAAGAGAGGCAGCUAAGCACCCCCACAAUAAACAGCACAUGAUGGCUGUGACAGUAAUAGAAGAUCCCCCAUUAGAGAAAUUUACAUACACAAAAGAGGAGGAAAAUUGGGCUUUGGGGGAAAAAGGAGAAUGA